GAGGAAAAUCGUCUCCGGAUCCAGUAUGACAACAGCAACGACCAAGAAGCUCCCGAUCUUGACCGACGAACCGUCGUCAUGGGAGGGAUCGAGUCUUCUUUCCGUCACUCAGAUUACGGCGGCGGGGUUGGAGCUCCUCUUUCGCGUCACCCAGGAAAUGCGCACACUCGUACGCACACACGGCGGAGACGACCGCUUGCGGCACACGAUACUCGGUACGGUGUUCUUCGAGGCCUCUACACGAACGUCGGGUUCUUUCCAGGCCGCCAUUCUGCGACUUGGUGGGCGGAACGUACACGUAGAUGGUCAGGGCAAUUCCUCCGCGGCGAAAAAGGGCGAAUCCCUCGAGGACACUCUGCGGUGUUUGGAAUGUUACGUCGAUGUAACGGUACUGCGGCAUCCCGUGCAGGGUAGUGUCGGGAAGGUGGUGAACGUGUGCGAAAAGCCUGUGCUGAAUGCCGGUGACGGCGUAGGUGAACACCCAACGCAGGCACUCCUCGACGUUUUUUCCAUCUACGAUGAACUCGAGCUGGGAGAGAAUAACGACAAAAAGCCACUCGUGGUGGUACUGUUGGGGGACUUGAAAAACGGAAGAACGGUCCACUCGCUGGCGAAACUGUUGAGUGUGUCGCAAAUAUGGGGCGAGACCUUGACGCUACGUUACUGUGCUCCGUCAGGAUUGGAAAUGCCCCAAUAUAUUCGCGAUUUUUGCGACGCCGUUCCUAGUGUCCAACAAGAAACGUGCAGUGACUUGGCCGACGCUUGUCGAGAUGCCCAUGUCUUGUACGUGACCCGGAUUCAGCGAGAGCGUUUUGAAUCCGACGAAGCCUACGAAGCGGGAUCCUACAUUGUGGACAAGGCCUUCAUGACGAAUGCACCACCCAAAAUGAUCGUCCUACAUCCACUGCCACGCGUGGACGAAAUUUCUACCGAUUUUGACAGCGAUCCGCGUGCUGCGUACUUUCGACAAAUGGAAAAUGGCAUGUUUGUGCGAAUGGCACUGUUGGCCUUGGUUUGCGGUAAAACCUAGACUGCCGAAACACGCAUCAAUGG